UGCGUUUGACAUUUUGUCGGCGGAUGCUGUGACGAUACAUAAUUUUCCCUUUUGAUUUACAAUUAUUGGCAGACGACGUACACAGAGAAAUUUCCGAUAGAAAUUCACCACUUGGCCCGGCAUACUAGCCUAAGUUUUUGCCGUCCGUAUUGUGCCGCCGUUUGACCCGACAUUCGGAGAUCGCGAAGAGACCUCGUAAAUUGUUGUUAAAUGACAAAUUAGACGUGACCACGGAGGAACGCUUGUCGUCAAGCAAACAUAAUUGAACAAAAUGGGGAUAAAUGUGAGCAAGAACGAGGAGCUGACGACGAACGAGUACUUGAGCAAGUUUGUCGGCAAGAACCAUGUCCCGCUCAGCGACGAGAAGUUCUGGGAUUCGUUCCUGCAGUACCAUAUCAGCGUGCCGACCAACAGUCAAGAACAGUUGAGUCUAGACUCGCGGUUGGAAUCUCUGUGUCAAAGUUUCAUAAGCCACAAUCUUAAAACCGGAAAUUUCGGAUCAUUAGUUGUUGUCUUCUUAAAUAAAGUAACCGAACUGCUGUCGCUUUCCGACCAGGAAAGCACCAUGCACGUGUGGCAAGCGUACAACGCUCUAUUUAUAAUUCGAACACUAAUUAAGUAUAUGAUCGAGACUGGCUCGGAAUAUCAGCUCUUGCAACAUUUCGAAGCUGUUCCGAAUUUCGAAGAACUGGAUAAGGCCGAGGAGACUGCAGAAGGUGAAGUGGAAAACGCAAUUGUUGCAGUAGAGAACGAUGCACCGGAGGAGAAGGCACAACAGCCGGCAGUUAUCGUUGAUGGAACAAAAUUUGAAGCGUUUUUCGAAGCUUUGGUUAAUUUGAUAGUCGUAAUUCCUGUGAAAGGAUUCACGUACCAUCUACAUCUUGAAGCGGUGAAUGCAAUCAUUAUCUUAUUUUCGGUUCAUCUGUUCUCGCAACAGCCAUCAGAUAAAUCUGCAAUAUUUAAAACAAUUUAUAAAUGCAAGAACGCGAACGUGCUUACAAGCGCACUCUUGCAUUUUGUGGCACGUAUGCACGAAGCUCCGCAAGCCAUGUUCGGAGCGUCGUCGGGAGGUUCGUUUGUUUUUGGCAUUGCUGAGUCCUUGCUCUCGAUAUUCACGUUCCGUAAGACGCAAGAUGUGCUCAGUGCGGCCACAACCACAGAUUUGUCGGAGCAAUUCCGGGAACAUUAUCCUUUAGCGAAUCAAAGUCUUCUACUUCUUCUGAUCCUGACGAAUCACUAUACCACCAAAGAGAAUGCGUAUCGAAAUAGUAUUUUCGAUUGUUCAGACUCAACAGAUUCACCGAAAGAUGGCUCGACUUUUAAAAUAGAUUUCGCGGCGCUAUAUAAUACUUUGUGCCGCAUUGUGACAAUCGAUCAAGCUACACUUUUGCUGUACUUGUUACUACAUCGAAAUCAACGGUUCUACAAGUUUGUCAUGUCUCAGACAAACCUUCAAAAUCUAGUUAUUCCAAUAUUGCAGACACUGUACAAUGCUCCGGAUAGCACGUCACAUCACAUCUACAUGUCGUUGAUUGUUCUGCUGAUAUUGAGUGAGGACGAUGGAUUCAACAAGCGGGUGCAUCAGAUUAUGCUGAAAAAUGUCACUUGGUACACUGAACGCUCAAUAUCAGAAAUAUCCCUCGGGGGCCUUCUCAUUCUUGUCGUGAUCCGAACAAUCCAAUAUAAUAUGUUAAAAAUGCGUGAUAAGUAUCUUCAUACGAACUGUCUUGCCGCCUUAGCCAACAUGUCUGGUCAGUUUAGAUAUCUUCAUCCUUAUGUUGCGCAACGACUAGUCAGCCUGUUUGAAACGUUGGCGAAGAAGCAUUCACGGCUCAAUGCUCAAAUCAAGGAACCUGUCAACGGAUCGGUAAGCCUAAAUGUGGCCACGUCACCUGAAGAUAUGCUGCAAGAUUUAAACGUGUUGGAAGAGGUGCUGCGGAUGGUGUUGGAAAUUUUGAACUCGUGUCUCUCAAAUCAAUUAGUCUAUUGUCCCAAUUUAGUGUAUACGUUAUUGUAUAAGCGACAAGUGUUCGAGGGGUUCAGAAGUCAUCAUGCCUUCCAGGAUAUUAUACAAAACAUUGAUAUGGUCGUUGGAUUUUUUUCGUCCCGCCUGCAGAGGGUACAAGAUCAGAGAGGGGAACUUGGUGUAAGCGAAGUGCUUGAAGUAAUAUCUAAGGGUGCAAGUCAGUGGUCUAGUGAUAGACUGAGAAAAUUCCCCGAUCUCAAAUUCAAAUAUGUAGAGGAGGAUGCACCAGAAGAGUUUUUCAUUCCGUACGUUUGGACGUUGGUUUGCAAGUACGGUUGCGUGCACUUCAGUUCGGAAAGUAUUAAAGGGGUGUCGAUCGAAGUUAGUUGCUAAUGCAUGAGAAAAAUCGAAAACAAUUCCCCCACAAAUGCAAUACUAUUGAAAACAAUAUAAUUUCGUUUCAAUAAUUUCAAACGCGUUAUCAACUAUGUAGUUAUUGUAGGAUAUGAAAAUGAAAACAAUUUUUCUUUACUUUGAGAUAGUCAUCAUUUAGUUCAUGUAUUUCGCUUGAUAACAUCUGACUGACGACUGUUAAUUGUUUAGCUUGCGAUAUGAUGUUGCCUUUACAAAUAAAACAAAUAGAAAACAAUCUGACACUUAUUUAACUAUGAAUACGAGUAGGAUUCGCCGCCAGCUAAAAAAAGAUCAAGUUAAUUGAAUUAAUACUGAAUUCUGUAAAUUAUAUGGAGCUUAUUUGUCAUUGUUACGUUACAAAUUAACUAUUUUGAAAUGUCUAUAAAAUUGACUGUCUUCUUUGAUGCGGUUAUUGGUUAAUGUAAGAAGUGCUUAUGGUGCCCGUGUUCCGAUUUGGAUGUAUGCAAAGCGUAGUCAAGUGAAUGGAUAUAAAUUAGCUGCAACAAUAAUUAUUUUCGUACUAUUUGAAUAAUAAAUAUGUCCAUAGAUGGUAUUGAAUUCGCGCAGCCUAAAAUCGAAUUUUAAUGCUAGAAGUUAAAAAUAGAAAUCGAAACAAAAGGACGAAUGUGUAGAGUUACAUACAAUAUAAUAUUGAUGAUAUAUGAGACUAGAUUUCGUAUAAACAAAUAUAGAAUUAAAAAACUACUAAAUGUAAAUAUAUAUUUAAAUAAACUUUAUAAACUGAUAA